AUGGCCGAUAUGAGUUCAGAAUCCAUCCAGCAGAAGAUACAGGUCGCGAGGCGCGAUGCCGAGGCCCUCAAGGACAGAAUAAAGCGCAAGAAGGACGAGCUCGCUGACACCACCCUCCGCGAUGUCGCGAAGCAGCGUGUCGAGGCUCUGCCCCGACUCACCAUGAAGACGAAGCGCACCCUGAAGGGCCAUCUCGCCAAGAUCUAUGCUAUGCACUGGUCGACCGACCGACGGCAUCUCGUCUCUGCCUCUCAGGAUGGAAAACUCAUCAUUUGGGAUGCAUACACCACGAACAAGGUCCACGCCAUUCCUCUCCGCUCCUCAUGGGUCAUGACCUGCGCAUACUCCCCGUCCGGCAACUACGUCGCCUGCGGUGGUCUUGACAACAUCUGCUCCAUCUACAACCUCUCCGCACGGGAAGGCCCAACUCGCGUCGCCCGCGAACUUUCUGGUCACUCCGGAUACCUCAGUUGCUGCCGAUUCAUCAGCGACAAGCGCAUCCUCACUUCUUCCGGUGACAUGACCUGCGUGCUCUGGGACUUGGAGACUGGCUCAAAGGUCCAUGAAUUUGCCGACCAUCUUGGAGACGUCAUGAGCUUGAGCAUAAACCCUCUCGACCACAACCAGUUCGUCUCCGGUGCUUGCGAUGCUUUCGCUAAGCUCUGGGAUAUCCGACAGCAGAAGUGCGUCCAGACCUUCGCCGCUCACGACUCCGACAUCAAUGCCAUCCAAUUCUUCCCCAACGGCAAUGCUUUCGGUACUGGCUCCGACGACGCUUCCUGCCGCCUCUUCGACAUCCGCGCCGAUCGCGAACUCCAGAGCUACACAAUUCCCGAGCCCGUCUGCGGUAUCACCUCCGUCGCUUUCUCCGUCUCCGGCCGUCUGCUCUUCGCUGGUUAUGAUGAUUUCGAGUGCAAGGUCUGGGAUGUUCUCCGAGGCGAGCGCGUAGGAACCCUCCAAGGACAUGACAACCGUGUCAGCUGUCUCGGUGUCAGCAACGAUGCUUUGUCUCUAUGCACUGGUUCAUGGGACUCCAUGCUCCGCAUCUGGGCAUAA